GGCAGAGAUAGAGCUGUAACAAUAAUUAGCCCAGGUUCAGGGAAUACACGUACCAUGCCAAGUGCCAUAGCAUGUUUUAUGUGCCUUGUGUCAAUUGAUCCUCUCCACAGUCUUAUAAGCCUAAUACCAUUAUCACCCCCAUACUACAAAUGAGGGAACUAAACUCACACAAGACCUCAGAAUGUUGAGAGGAGGACAUUUGACAAGGAAUUGACAAAGUUGACAAGGAAAGUUACGUAUUCCUAGUGGACCAGCAUCUACAGGAUUUUCCACAAAAAGGAAACACACCUCAUGAUGAAGCAUGAACGUUGCUGUAGAGAUCUGAUUGAUAGGCAGCUCUGCUUACCUUAAAUUCACAGCUACAUUUGUGAUGCUUUCAACCUUCAGAGCCUUUCACGACAGAACAGAAGCUGCUAGUCUGUCUCCAAAAAAAGUGGACUGCAGCAUUUACAAGAAGUAUCCAGUGGUGGCCAUCCCCUGCCCCAUCACAUACCUGCCAGUUUGUGGUUCUGACUACAUCACUUAUGGGAAUGAAUGUCACUUGUGUACCGAGAGCUUGAAAAGUAAUGGAAGAGUUCAGUUUCUUCACGAUGGAAGUUGCUAAAUUCUCCAUGGACAUAGAGAGAAAGGAAUGAUAUUCUCAUCAUCACCUUCAUCGUCCCAGUCUCUGACUGAGUUUCUUUCAGUUUUACUGAUGUUCUGGGUGGGGGACAGAGCCAGAUUCAGAGUCAUCUUGAUUGAAUGGAGAAAGUUUCUGUACUACCCCUACAAAUGCAUGCCUCACUGACAGACUAGUAUUUUUUUAACACAUCAAUAAAAAAAUAAUCUCCCAGAAAGUUU